ACGCGCAUGCGCAGUAGAAUCCGAGUUAGUUAUAGAAGAUGUCAUUCGCCAGAAGACUGCUCAUAAACGCACCUAGAUCAGCGUCAUUUCAACUUCUCAAAGUUCAUACAGCGAGAUGUCAAGCUCCUCUCAGCCGCACUGCGCAUGCGCGCUACAGCAGCAACCCGCAGCUAGACUCCGCCAUCCCAGCUGAGGAGCUUCUUCUCAGUCAAUCCUGUGUCAAGAGGCUUGCUGAGAUUCUGGAUAAGGGACAGUAUCUGAGGAUAGCAGUGGAGGGAGGAGGAUGUUCAGGAUUCCAGUAUAAAUUCGCAGUGGACGCUGUUAGAAAUGAAGAUGACAGAGUGUUUGAGAAGAAUGGUGUUGGGGUCAUAAUCGACCAGGACAGUCUGGAGUUUGUGAAGGGAUCCACUCUAGACUUCAGUCAGGAGCUCAUCCGCUCUUCUUUCCAGGUGUUGAAGAACCCACAGGCUGAACAUGGCUGCUCGUGCGGCUCGUCCUUCUCCGUGAAGCUCUGAGACUCUCCAGUUCAUCAAGCUGUUAAUGCAUGCCGCCUAUGUGCUUCUUUAAAAUCAGCCAGAAGCUUAGGAAUUUGCUAAUAACGUGAGCGAUUCUGAUGUUUGAACUUAUGAGCACUGAUCAGAUUCAGAAAUCAGAACCUACAGAUGUUACUUUAGUGUGUUGUGUAUAUAAUGGAGAUUGUACAUAUAUUUCUAAUAAAGUUAUAAGAUGAUA